AUCUAUUGUAUGCACAGAGCCAUCUAUUGAAGAAGAAGAAAAAGAAAUCUGUCCUAACACAAAACAUAACUUGUUACGAGCAAGUAUAUUUGUUUAUAUUCGUGUUUUGCAUAUUAUGGUUUUUUUAGUCUCUGCUGCAAUCUAUGUAACAUUCUAUAUAUAUAUCUCGGUGAUUCGAUUUCAUCUAGACUUCCUGUCAUAAGGGUGUUUGUAUUAUUGCUCAAUGAUGCUCUCAUCAAGCGGUAUUAACAACGAAGAAAUAAUGAGUCUUGAUUCUUGGGGCGAUGAAGUAUUUUCGAAUCUUACACCUCGAGAACUCGAGUUUCAUUCUCUUAAUGAGGAAGAUUUAUUGAACAUUAAACAAGAAAUAUCUGAUAUUUCUAUUCUGCAAGAAAGAAAAGAAAUAUUUGACAAAAUGUUAGAAGAUACUAGUUCGAUUGAUUCAUUUUUAUUAGCUUUUAAUGAAUUUCAAUCUUAUCCUAUAAAUAAUUAUUCAGAAUUAAAUGAAAUAAAUGAAAUAAAAGAUGAUAUUAAAAUGGAACCUCAGAGUCUAAACUCACAAUUCUUAACAUCAAUCGAUAAUCUUAAUGACUCUUCAGAUUCUACUGCUUUGAAUUGGAAAUCUAAAAUAUCAAAAUAUUGUCCAGUACAAAAUAUGGAUAAGCUCAUUCUACAAACUCCACCAACCUCACCCCAAUCUUCAUCAAUACAAUCAUCUCUGAUGCUUCCUGAUGUGAUGAACUUAAUAAAGCCAGUAAACAUUUUACCUGCUAACAAACAAAAUAUAAACUGUAAAAAGGACAUUCGACAGAAAAUGAAUUCUAUUAAAUGUGUUCAUGUUCAACUUGCAGACACAGAUAAGCUCCAAAAUGCUGUUAUUCUUCACACAACAGAUGGUACUGCAUUUGUACAAAAUAUAAAUUUGCAACAGCAAGAAUUGCAUGCUUCAGAAAUGCAGCCUUUAUCAACAACUGGACAAAUUAGUACUUUAAAUUCUUUAAAUAUGGACACAAGUGGUACAAAAACGAAGACAGCACUUCAAUUACCACAAGAUGUAGAAUGUAUACCAAAUUUUUUUCAAGAAAAUUUAGUUAGUAACAAUACUUUAAUGAAUACUCCUGUCUAUAUAAAGAGUGAACCUAUAUCACUUAAUGAUAUUGUUGUUAAAAGUGAACCGAUAAAUUGCACGCCAUUUAUAGUACAGAAAAGAGAAACAAAUUGUUCUCCAUUAAUUGUAAAGGAAGAAACUGAUACAUUAAGUUCAUCAGGAAAUAAAUCAGAAAAUGAAUCUAUACAAGCGUUGAAGAGGCAACAAAGAAUGAUAAAAAACAGGGAGUCCGCCUGUCUCUCGCGAAAGAAGAAAAAGGAAUAUGUAAAUUCUCUGGAGAAACAAUUAUCUGAGUUGAAGGAAGAAAAUGAGAAUCUAAAAUUGGAAAACAAUUUCUUAAAGCAGAAAUUGAUAAAUAUAGAAAAUGGUACUGCAUCUAAUAAAAGAAAAGUUGGAAUUUUAAAUCGUAAUAGGAAGGGCAUUGCUCUUUUUGCCAUAAUUUGCAUGAUAUCUGUCAAUAUAAAUUUUUUAGGGAUUCUUUCAUGGAAACUGAAUUUAAAAAUGUUAUUUAAUAAAGCACCAAUACCAACAUCCGAAAUUGAUGAAAUAAAACAUAGUAGAACAUUGCUUUGGGCAGUAGAUGAAAAUAAUAAUGAUAUAGGGGAUGACGUCGAAGAAAGUUUUAACAAAAACAUGCCUGUAUAUCAACCAAUAUGUCCAAAUAUUAACCAGAGCGAGUCUAUACGCUUAGAUAGCGAAUUGAGACGUUGGAUCGAUGGUGAAGCUGAUCGAGAUAAUUGGACUUCAUCUACAAAACCAAAGUUCCUAUUGUCAUCCAGUUUGCCGUUAGAAGGGAAACCGAGAAAAAAACUAUAUUUAUCACAAGAUAGGAAAAUAAAAGCUAUGCACAAAGUGAUUGAUGUUCCUACUGCAGCAAGUAAUGCAGUUCAAGUUUUCUCACCAAUAUUAGGUGAACAUGCUUCUCUAUUUGAAGCUUUGGGCAGAAAAGACGAUACCUUUUAUGUUGUUUGGUUUACUGGCAAACAUUUGUUAUUGCCAGCUUCCCGAACAAAUGAUACAGUUAGACCUAAGAUGUCUUUAAUUUUACCUGCUGUAUCUAUAAAAGGUACAUUUUCGACACCACCUGAUCAUAUAACUAUGAUGCAAAUCGACUGUGAAGUAACAAAUACGCAACUGUUACACUUACAACAGUCUAUAAUACCUGUUCAUUUGCGAGAUAACAAGUCUACAAGCCAAUCAAAUCAAACUCACUCUGUCGAGGACAUAGUCAAUUCAUCUACAGCUAAUAUAAGAAAUAUUAGAAAUCACAAACCAUAUUUCAUAAAAGAAGCCAAUAAAAAAGCUUUAUAUAGAAAAAACUUCGAAGAUAAUAUAAAGAUAAAAUAUGAAGAUAAAAAUGUUAGAGAUUUUCGUAACAAAAAUACUAUAUACGUAUAUAAAGAAAAUUUUUAAAGAACAGAGGAAAUUAAUGUAUAAUAUUCUAUAGUUCUGUAGCCAUAUACACUACGCAGAAAAUUAACAAUAUAAGAUUUAGAACAGCCAAAAAGUAUUAAUGAUGUUAAAAUAAAGUAGCAUUUAGAUGUACAUUACAAUGAAAACAUGAUUAGUGCAUUUAUAAGUCAUAUAUAUUUAUAU